AAUUAAUUUAAAUUUUUGAAAUGUUUAUUUUUUACUACACCGUUUGUUUUGAAAUUAAGUAUAAAUUGAAAUAAUUGUUUUGCUACUAGAUUAGAAACUAGAUUAGGAACUUAACCUGCUACAUCAAUGUAUUCGCUUUAAAAGAACAAUAUUUUUCAAACUGUUCUUUCAAGACUUUGAAACCCGUUAAUACGAACUUAUGCAUUACUUAACAGGAUCAUCAAAAUGUAAAGUUAUUAAAACCCGAUACAGAACUUCGUAAGUAUUUAUGUUAUUCAUUAUAUUUUUCUAUUUUAUAUUUUUAUUAACCAUUAAUUCAAAUAUAUCUCUAUCAAUAUUAUAAAUUGUUACCUGUGUAUUGUUUGUAUAUAUGUAUAUGCUAUCAUACAAAUCUCAGAUUUAAUCCUGCUAUACGCAAGAGUGAUACUGAUAUUUAUUUCUAUAUACAUAUGUCAUUUAUAUAUUUCUUGGCACAUUCAUCUUCAUGCAUUAGUCAAAGAUGUGUCACGUAAAUAAUGAGUAAAUAUGAACUGACAGUAGAUACGUCAUGUGUAGCAUCCACACACCUAUACGUAAGUACAACUUCACACACAUUAAACUUAUUCGCUGUAUUUGUAUGUACAACACAGAUAAAACAUAAAGAGAAAAGACAAGUAGAUGUAAAACUUGUGAAUUCCUUUUUUAGUAUGAUAAACGUCUAUGCUCAUAUAGCUGAUAGUUUCAGUACAGUAGCGGGUCAAUAAUAUCGGCACAGCAGGAUCGGGUUUAGAAAAGUUAAAAUUCAUGCGUAUUGAGAGAAUAAUUUAGUCUUUUAAAAUGAAUGCAACUGUGUAACAUCAUAACUUUUCUACGAUACAGUGCGGUCUUACAUAUACAAGCUCCGCAAAAGUUUUUGUGCGGCAGCAUCAAGUGUUUAGUUUUUCAUUUAUAACAAGUAUGAGUAUAAACUACAAAUACUUUUGAACGGGUAUAAACAUCACCCUUCCAUAAUGUUUUGUAAUGUUCUUCAUUAGAUGUUGCAUUAUUAACAUGAUGUGAAUACGCCUAAACAGCAGCAUUAUGCUUCCAGGAAUUUAAGUGCUCUUUUGUGAUGCGUCGAUUUAGCUUAUACUUGUGAGGAAAGGGAUAUUGAGUACUUUCGUAGACGUCAGUAUGGACGUUGCGAAGCAUUCAGCAUACAGAGACUAUGAAUGGGCUAUUGAAGUAAAUCGGCUCAGUUUAACAUUGCUCGGUAUUUGGCCAGAGAACCACGAAACUAAGCAGAAAAAAUUAAUAUCGGAAAUACGUUUGAUCAUUACAUUAAAUUUAAUUACUUGGAUCUGCCUUAUUCCAUCUCUACAUUCGUUGCUGAAGAUUUACGACGACAUAAUGUCGACAAUUGAUAAUUUACAAUACACCUUGCCGCUUCUGAUGGCGGUAAUAAAAGUGUUCAUUAUGUGGCAAAAAAAAUAUGAUAUUCUUCCUCUAUUGAAUAUGAUCAAAGACGAUUGGUUGAGACCAAAGACGUCAGAAGAAAGGAACGUUAUGAUAAAACAAGCGCGAAUUGCACGUAUUCUAACGAUAUUCUGUUGUUGCAUAAUGUUAAUAUCUGCCAUCGUGAUCCUUGUUAUUCCCCUUUUUGGCAUUUCAAUGAGAUACAGGACAAAUAGAACAGAUUCAGACAAAUCUUUGCCGCUACAAACAUACUACGUCUACGAUAAGGAAAAGAGUCCAUUUUUCGAAAUAACGUAUGUUUUACAGUGUAUUUCAGCAACGCUGUCAGGCUUCAUGUACUCUGGUACGGACAGUUUCUUAACCUUCCUGGUUUUUCACGUAUGUGGCCAGCUGGAAAAUCUUAAGAAACGUGUAAUCGAUCUUGAUAAGUUUCAUGACUUCAGGAAUACCCUAUCAUACAACAUUCAGGAUCAUAUUCGUCUUAUCAGAUCUAUCAAUAUCAUUGAGAACGUGUUUACUAUAAUGCUGCUAGGUGCACUUCUUUACUUUGGUAUAUUAUUCGCUUUUUACGGUUUUCUAUUUGGUACUAUGUUUAGCCAAGGUCGCAAUGUCUCUGUUACACGUUUAAUUUUCAUUGGAAUAGUAUCCUUCACUACAUUUACGCAUAUGUGUCUCUACUGUGUUGUAGGUGAAAUUUUACUUGCACAUUGUGAGGCAGUUUACGAUGCUGCAUAUGAAUACAACUGGUACACGUUGGAACCAAAAAAAGCGAGAAAUAUAUUGAUGAUAAUGAUUCGUGCCAACAAGCCAUUGUACCUUACUGCGGGAAAAUUGUUCCCAUUGACUAUGGCUAUGUUUUGUAACUUGUUAAAAACAUCAGGUGUCAGUAUUAUGUAUCAGUUUUGCUGGCACACCGGCAAUAAAAAACAAAAAUCUAGAAACCAGUAUUUAUCUAUGGCUAGGUUUAAGGAAUAUGUAAUAUAUAUAUGUAUAUAUAUAUAUAUAUUUGUGAAUUAUUUUUUGCAUUUGCAUUAUGAAUAGUAUCUUCAGUUAAAGAAAUAUGUAUGUUAUAUAUUCAUAGUACGUAAUAACUUACACUUAAUAAGUUCUAAUAAUUAAAAAAUAGAUAUUUUUCUCCU